CUUGACCAAGUAUAUAUAAACUCAACUUUUCCUCCAAUCUCUCUCCGCUGCGGUCUCGCCGUGCUGCCCACAACCUCCGACUUCGUCUUCCCUCCAUACCCGUCGUCCUCCUUAUUUAUCCCUUUUUAAAAUAAAAAAACAAAAAAAAACAAAAAAAUGGCUCAACAACCAGAAGCUCCUCCGUCGUCGUCAUCAUCUCCUCCUCCUCUGGUUACUGUCGGAGACGGGACGGUGGCUUCUGACGGAGUGAAUCUAGGUUCUAUGUGUUCCCUCUACGUCGGAGAUCUGGAUUUCAGCGUCACUGACUCUCAGCUCUACGACUAUUUCACGGAGGUCUGCCAGGUCGUGUCUGUCCGCGUUUGCCGUGACUCAGCCACGAAUACUUCUCUUGGAUAUGGCUACGUCAACUACAGCAACAUCGAUGAUGCGGAGAAGGCAAUGAAGAAGCUGAACUACACUAGUCUCAAUGGCAAGAUGAUCCGGAUUACUUACUCUUCUCGUGACUCUGCUGCUCGUAGAAGUGGGAUUGGCAACUUAUUUGUCAAGAAUUUGGACAAGUCAGUUGACAACAAGACACUGCACGAUACGUUCUCAGAGUGUGGAAACAUUGUGUCCUGUAAGGUCGCUACUGAUCACAUGGGUCAGUCCAGAGGAUAUGGUUUUGUGCAGUUUGAGAGUGAGGAUUCAGCUAAAAGCGCUAUUGAGAGGCUCAACGGUAAAAUGCUGAAUGAUAAACAGAUUUUUGUUGGACCUUUUCUUAAGAAGGAGGAGAGAGAGUCUGCUGCUGAUAAGAUGAAGUUUACCAAUGUGUACGUGAAGAAUCUGUCGGAGACGACAACGGAUGAUGAGUUGAAGACUACGUUUGGUCAGUACGGUAGUAUCUCAAGCGCUGUGGUUAUGAGGGAUGGUGAAGGGAGAUCCAGGUGUUUUGGAUUUGUUAACUUUGAGAAUGCUGAAGAUGCAGCUCGUGCUGUUGAGGCCCUGAACGGAAAGAAGUUUGAUGACAAGGAGUGGUAUGUAGGUAAAGCUCAGAAGAAGUCUGAGAGGGAACUUGAGUUGAGCAGAAGAUAUGAACAAGGUGUAAGGGAGACUGGAAACAAGUUUGAUGGUUUGAAUUUGUAUGUUAAGAAUCUUGACGAAACUGUUACGGAUGAAAAGUUGCGUGAGCUGUUUGCUGAGUUUGGUACAAUCACUUCCUGCAAGGUUAUGCGAGAUCCUAGUGGUACUAGCAAAGGAUCAGGAUUUGUUGCCUUUUCUGCUGCCAGUGAAGCAUCUAGAGUGCUGAACGAAAUGAAUGGUAAAAUGGUUAGUGGUAAACCGUUGUAUGUCGCUCUUGCACAAAGAAAAGAAGAAAGAAGGGCUAAGCUGCAGGCACAGUUUUCCCAAAUGAGACCAGCCUUUAUCCCUGGUAUGAAUCCUCGUAUGCCAAUAUUCGCAGGUGGUGCUCCAGGUAUUGGACAACCGAUGUUUUAUGGUCAAGGGCCUCCACCAGUCAUCCCUCACCAGGCUGGAUUCGGAUAUCCGCCUCAUAUGGUUCCUGGAAUGAGGCCAGGCUUUUUCGGGCCAAUGAUGCAGCCAGGUCAGCAAGGACCACGACCAGGUGGAAGACGGUCAGGUGAUGGACCUAUGCGCCAUCAGCCUCAGCAACCAAUGCCCUUUAUGCAGCCACAGAUGAUGCCAAGAGGACGCGGAAGAUACCGUUACCCUCCUGGUAGAAACAUGCCCGACGGUCCAAUGCCAGGAGGAAUGAUUCCACUUCCUUAUGACAUUAAUGGAAUGCCUCUUGUUCAGCCUAUUCCCGCUGGUGCAUUGGCUUCUUCCCUUGCUCAAGCGUCACCUGCUCAGCAGAGAACAAUUCUUGGUGAGAAUCUUUACCCAUUAGUGGACCAGAUAGAGCACGAGAACGCUGCCAAAGUGACUGGUAUGCUUCUGGAGAUGGAUCAGCCUGAAGUUUUGCAUCUACUGGAGUCACCUGAGGCUCUAAAUGCUAAAGUUUCGGAGGCAUUAGAUGUGUUGAGAAAUGUGAAUCAGCAAAGUGAAGGCAAGAGUGGAAGCCCAAGUGAUCUCUUGGCUUCACUUACCAUUAAUGAUCACUGAUGAGAAGCUUUUGUCUGAGUUCUACUCUUAACUCUCUCUCUCUCUAUCUCUGAGUUCUACUCUUAACUCUCUCUCUCUCUCUCUCUCUGAUUGACAACAUUUUUGCGGGAACUGAUUUGCGUUUUAGACUUUUGCUUGAAUAUGAUUGUUUCUGUGUUGACUUGAAAUGAUGUUUUUUUUUUGGGUUGGAUCGUUUGCUAUUGCAAAUUUGGGACUGGUGAAAGUGUCUUUUUUGAUUCAGUUGGC